ACAUGGAGAGCUGAGGUUUAGAUGAUUCACUGAUGAGUCAACAGCUAUCAGCUAUAUAAGAGAGAGCCCUACUGAUGGAGCCUAAAGUUGACACAAGCCCUCCACCUCAGAGGUAUUAUAUCGCUCUACUCACAAACAUCUACAACCCGAGGAAUAAUGUUCAGUUCUUUCACCCUGCUCUUGCCCUGUCUGAUGGCGGUGCUGCCAUCAUGCCAUGGAAAACCUUUACCAGCGGAAAUCAAUUGGAGGAAUCCGAUAAUUACUAUCAGCAAAAGAAUUCAAAAAGAUAUUGAGGAGAACCCCAUGUCCAAUGGACUCAGUAUCAAUCUCCCAGACCAGGUCCCAGGUACCAAGCCCAUUCAGGGCCUGGGGUCAGCUAUCGAGUCCCUAACGGCCUUUGAGAGGAUUACAGACACCCUGUGGGGUUCCCACCAUCAGCUCUCUGUAGACCUCAACAACCUCGUCGGCAGCCUCCGUAACUACAUGGUGAGGGUACUGCAGUGCCCUACCAGGAAGCCGAGCUCAUUCGAGGACUUGGACAGCUUCCUGAAGAGCAACCAGCAAUACGUCAUGACCUUGCGUCCAGCAGUUCUGCGGAGGCUGAGGGACUACAUGAACAAACUCCUGUCAAAUCUGAAUACACUUAGGACAUGUUAAACACAGCUGGCAUGUGACAAAGGCAUUUUAUUUGAUUUAUAUUGUGAUAUUUAAAUAAUUAUUAUUUAUUUGUUUACAUUUGUAAAGUGUUUUACAAAUGUAUUGUAACAGACAGUCUAGAUCUUACAGGUCUGUACAGUGGGAGGUGGGCUAACUGUUAAACCUGAGUCCCUUCUCUUGGUUUUAAGGAUGGACCAACCACAUGUACUGUCAACUACUGCAACUGCAAUACACAUCAUUAAGUUAUCAUCUUAGACGGUCACAAUCUUGUUAUGCUCUUUUGCACAUUGUGCUGGCACUAUUGUCCACGGAAAGGCAAGCUCCAAUUCCAGUGGCAUGCAAAGGUACUGGACAGCAUAUGAAUGUACUCUAUUUAUGAAUGCCUUCCUAAGUUCAGAAGACACACACCACACAAUGUCGUCAAAUUCAUCAUCAGUAUUAGUAUCUGUUGUAGUCCUUAAACUUUUCAGGACAUUUUGUAUAUUUCUGAUGUUUGGCCAUUUCUAAAACUGACUUUUAUAUGACCUGUUUUGUUCCACACCUUUCAGACCACACGGUUGCCUUUUUUAUACAAAUAAAUAUGUAUUUUGUAUGUAUUUUCCAUAUAUUAUGUAUUUUUUAUAAACAGUAUUGUACAGGAUACAA